AUGUCGAAUUCAGAUAAACCAAACACAAAUGGAGUUACUGAUCCUCUUCAAAGAUUAGCUUCAAUGAAACCGCCUCGAGAUCUCUCACUAGGUGGAAUAAAACCAAAUAAAAAAGUGUUUACGCCAAAUUUAAACGUGACUAGAAAUAAAAAUAAAGGACCGUCAACAGCAAAUUCUCGUGACCAGAAAAAAGAGGACAAAAAUAGAAAAGAUCGAAAAUUUGAUAAGAAUAAAUUUGUAAACAAAAAUGGACCAAAAGUUAUUAAAUCUGAUGGAGUGUUUUCAGAAGGUCUUGGUAGUGCUGAAAGACAUCAGAGAAGAGUAUUUUAUGGUAGAGAUGUAGAUCCAAACCCAACCCUUCAGAAACCAACUAUAAAAGUGAAGGAUGUUAUAAAGAUAGAUAAUGAAUUAGAAGAGCAGAAGAUUAAAGAGGCUUUUGGUGACGACACGUCAUAUGAAGAUGAGAGUGAAGACUUUAAAAAGAUACUUGAUGUGGAAGCACCCGUUAAACUGCCAAUGGAUGAUGGAGGCUUGACAAAUGCGAAGACUGUGAAGAUAAAACAGGAGGUGGUUAUCAAAACGGAGCCAUCAGAGGACUGUGCCAUGCCAAUAGUAGAAGAGAAACCAAUGCCAGAUGUUAAGGAAGUGUUCGAAGAUACCAAUGUGGUCAACUUGCUCAGAAGUGAUAAGCCUACAUUAAUAUUAUUGCAGCUGGCGGACACGCUGCCGGGGCGCGGCGGCGGCGACGAGGACCCGCGACGGAAGCACGACCAGCCCUCUACUUCCAAUGAACAAGAGAAACCGCCGACGGACAACAGAUGUCGGCUCACAGACUUGGAGGAGGGUAAAAUAGGCACGCUGCGUGUGCACCGCUCCGGCCGCGUCACGCUCGCGCUGGGCGACACCGUGUUCGAGGUAUGUUCAGGGACGAAAGCAUCGUUCUACCAAGAAGUGGUGUCGGUGGCGGCGGACGACGCGUCGCGCUCCGCCAGCCUCGUGUCGCUCGGCGCGCUGCAGCAUAAGCUCAACGUCACGCCGCAUUGGCAGACUUUGUUCAAUAAUAUGUCUGUU